AUGGAGCUCCGAAUUUUCUCGUCUCCAUCUCCUGCUGUGUCAUAUUUCCAGGUUAGGCAUCACAUGUACAGGUGGACGAAGAAGUAUCAUAAGUUUGGAUCUAAUGUGAACAACAGAUUUCUCAAGAAGAAUGUGAAAUUAGAAAAGGCAUACUCCUCAAAGAAAAGUAGAGGUUCCGUUUAUUGUUUGAAUAAUCCGGAGAAUGAUCCUUGUGUACCUUCGGAGACUCAACUACUCAAUGCCAAAGUGAUUUAUUCUGUUGCUCCUGCCAUGGGCCAUAACAAGGAGUCACACCCUGAAUGCAAUUCCAGAGUUCCUGCCAUUGUGAAUGCUCUUGAAAAGAUGGAACUGACUUCAAAGUACCGCGGCACAGAGAUUAUUGAACUUCAAAGUUUCAGAUCUGCUAGUGUAGAUGAUAUAGCAAGUGUUCAUGAAAGAGCUUAUGUGUCUGGACUUGAGAAGGCAAUGGCUCAGGCCUCAGAACAAGGUCUUAUUUUUAUUGAUGGCUCUGGACCAACUUACGCUACUGCCACGACAUUCCAUGAGUCGAUAUUGGCAGCUGGUGCUGGAAUUUCGCUGGUUGAUUCAGUGGUUUUGGCAUCAAAAUUUAGGCAUGAUCCUCCAGUUGGUUUUGCUUUGGUACGGCCUCCUGGUCACCAUGCUAUUCCCAAGGGACCCAUGGGAUUUUGUGUGUUUGGAAAUGUGGCUAUAGCAGCUCGCUAUGCCCAACGUGUACAUGGAUUGAAGCGUGUAUUUAUCAUUGACUUUGAUGUUCAUCAUGGGAAUGGGACAAAUGAUGCCUUCUAUGAAGACCCUGAUAUAUUUUUUCUUUCUACUCACCAAGAUGGGACUUAUCCUGGCACUGGUAAAAUAAAUCAGAUAGGUCGUGGAGAUGGUGAAGGAUCAACGCUUAACCUGCCUUUACCAGGAGGAUCGGGUGAUAGAGCCAUGCAGACUGUCUUCAAUGAAGUUAUUGUACCAUGCGCUAGGAGGUUCAAGCCGGAUAUAAUUCUCGUGUCAGCUGGAUACGAUGCACACGUGUUGGAUCCACUGGCAAAUCUGCAAUUCACAACAGGAACAUAUUACAUGUUGGCUUCAAGCAUUAAGGAACUUGCCAAAGAUUUAUGCAGGGGUCGCUGUGUGUUUUUCCUUGAAGGAGGGUAUAACCUCAGUUCUCUUUCGCAUUCAGUUGCGGACUCAUUCCGUGCCUUUCUUGGGGAGCCGAGCUUGGCCGCGGAGUUUGACGACCCGGCCUUCCUCUAUGAAGAGCCAUCAGAUAAGGUUAAGGAAGCUAUUCAGAAAGUCCAGCACAUACAUUCUCUGUGA